UAUAAAUGCUAAAACUGAAUAUAUUGCAUAGUGUUCCCCCCUCCACCAUUAACAAAUGGUUCAGCCCAUAGCAACACCGGCUUUUUUCUUGUUUUCAGUAGCAAGCCAUGGUUAUGAUUGUGCCAGAGCACAUUUUGAACAACACCAUGGGAAUUUCGCUUUUUACACAGGUGGUUGGAUGUUACACUGUGGAAAUGGAAGGCACAGACCUAUGCCCUGAUUAGGAACCUACUCAGUCCGGUCAAGCCAGGGGAUCGUUCUUAUGCUGAGUUGGUGGGAUUAUUGAACAAUCAUUUUCACCCUAAGCCGAGUGAAAUUGUGCAGCGGUGGAAGUUUAACACACGGAAUAGAAGGCCGGAGGAAAGUGUGGGCGAUUAUGUAGCGGAGCUGAGGAAGCUCGCACAGGACUGUAACUUUGGAGACUCCCUGACGGUGAUGCUGCGGGAUCGUUUAAUAUGUGGAAUAAGCGACGACAGAAUACAGCACAGAUUGUUAGCAGAGGAUUUGCUAACAUUUGAAAAGGCGCUGAAGUUUGCUCAAGCAAUGGAGGCUGCUAACAGAGACAUUGUGGAUUUGAAGAGCAUGACGGAACAGUCGCGAUUCACUAAAGGAUUAGGAGCAGUGAACAAGAUGGAGGAGGGCGGCUCGACGUCACAACAGGUUGUCAGGAAGUGCUACAGAUGUGGAGGGCUAAAUCAUGUGGCCAAGGACUGCAGGUUUGUUUCAGAAAAAUGCCACAACUGUGGAAAGGUGGGACACAUAAAAAGGGUCUGCCGAAUGAAAAUGGAACAAAAAGGAGGGCGUGGCAGACAAGGUAAACAAGCCCAUUUCUUGGAAGAGGAGAAUGUGGAGAGUGAGGAAGAAGGAGCUGAAAUGCACCACAUAAAGGCAAGAGUGACUAUGUAUAAUGUGCAUGAGGAGAUUAGCAUCCCAAGGGAAGAACCCAUCAGACAGAAGCUAAAAGUAAAUGGACAGAAUGUGACAUUUGAAGUAGACACAGGCUGUGGUUACACUAUCAUGUCGAAGGAGUCAUUCAAAAAACUUUUUGAAGGCAGUAAGGCGCCCAAAGUAAGCAAGUGUGGAAUCAAACUGAGAACGUAUGGAGGCCACAAGGUACCCGUGUGGGGAGCAGCCCAAGUGCAGGUGGAAUUCAGAGACAGUAAAAAAAACACUGGAUGUGGUGGUGGUUGAAGGGGCUGGAACUAGUUUGAUGGGUCGGGGAUGGAUUAAGGCCCUCCAAUUAGACUGGCAACCUGUACAUAAGAUAGAAGGCAGAGAUGAUGCCUUACAGCGGAUACUGGCCAGACAUGAAACAGUGUUUAAGGAUGAGUUGGGAACGCUGAAGGGGUUUGCAGCAAAGAUACAUGUAGCCAGUGAUGCCAAACCGUGCUUCUAUAAGCCCCGAUCAGUUCCGUUUGCUAUGAAAAAGAAAGUGGAGCAGGAACUGGAGAGACUGUUGGAGGAGAAGAUCAUCCAACCAGUGAAAUUCUCAGAGUGGGCCGCACCCAUUGUACCCAUACUAAAGCCAGACUCCAGCGCCAGAAUUUGUGGUGACUACAAACUGACUGUUAACAAGGUGUCGCCUGUAGAACAAUACCCCAUUCCACGAAUGGAGGACAUGAUAGCGGGGCUGGCGGGAGGAGAAAAAUACACCAAGUUAGAUAUGAGUCACGCAUACAACAGGUUGUACUUGAUGAGGAAUCUAGAAAGUAUGUCACAGUGA